AUGGAGGAAUCUCAUUCUGCCGGUAUCGAGAUAGAGGAAGUCGAGACAAAUGAGAACUGCGGUGACCCGAAUCAGAAAGGAGUGAAAAAGCGCGUUGCUCAGACUCCGCCUGAAAAUGAUGCGAAAAAGCCAAAGUUGUCUCGUGAGCCGUCUGUCGAAGUUAUAACCGAUUCUCCACUCAAGAAUGACACACUCUCUCCGAAAACCCCGAUUACUCCCAGAACUCCGAAAGUUACCAAGGAUGAGCGCGAAAGGCUGAAAAAAGAGAAAUUGGAAGAAAAGGAAAAACAGAGACUGGAACGAGAACGGAUUCUGGAGGAGAAACGUCUUGAAAAGGAGAAGUUGGCUGAAGAAAAACGGCUAGAAAAGGAGAAGAAAGAAAAAGAACGAUUGGAGAAAAAGCUCGAAGAGGAACGCAAAAAGGAGGAAAAGCGAAAGGAACUUGAAGAGAAAAAGAAAGAAGCUGAAGAAAAGAAAAGAAAAGAUGAAGAAGAGCGAAUGAAGAAAGAAGAAGAAAAGAAUAGAAAGAAAAAGGAAGAGGAAGAAAAACGAGAAGCCAAAAGAAAAGAAGAAGAAGAGAAAAAAGAAGCAAAAAGGAGAGAAGAAGAGGCUAUCGAGGAGAAGAAACGUCGGCAGUCCGCAAAGUUCUUCCAAUUUUUCAAUAAAGUUGAAAAGAAAGCACCGGAACCUCAGAAAAAAUUUUCCAGUUGGUAUAUGCCGUUUCAACGAAAAGAUGGUAUGACGUUGGCACCGAUUCUUACCAGAGACCCUCUCCCCGAGGAUUUCGAUCUUUUCAAACAAAAUAAAGAAAUCACUUCUCUUGCCAAUUUCCUCAGUACCGCAACCAAACUGGUGCCAGUUGGACCUGCUUCUAAAACCAAAGCUAAACUCUUCCAAUUCUAUGAUAAUCGUCGACCACCAUACUACGGAACUUGGCGAAAAAAGGCAAAAUCUGUGAAGGGAUCGUGCCCGUUGGCCGAAGAAACAGGCAUUGAUUAUGAAGCUGAUUCUGACGACGAUUGGGAGGACGAACCCUCUGACUGUGAAGAGCUGAAUUCGGAUGAUGAAGGGGAGAAAGAUGACGAAGAAGAAGGCGAGGAAGAUGAUGGUUUCUUUGUGCCACCAUGUUAUCUUUCUGACGGUGAAGGCGAAGAGGAAACAACGUCUGAUGGAGAGAAUGGAGAAAAUAAAAAGGAUAAAAAGCCAAAACGAGUCGAAAUUGAUUCUGAUAAUGACGAUGACGACUCCAAUGACGCUGAACGUAAAGCUCGUCUUGCUCAGAGAGCAGAGGAAUGGGCCAAGCGAACAGAAAAGAAAAAGGAAAUGGUUCUCAAGCCUCGUGCCGUUGGACCAGUUUUUCAUACUGGUGCUGAUCAGCUUCCAGAGUUCAAGAACAUGUAUGCUGCACAUUUCUAUUAA